AUGCACUCAUCAUCUGUGGUGGAGACGGUUCGCUCACUGGUGCGGAUAUCUUCCGGCGAGUGGCUCGGGCUACUGGCUGAGCUCGUCAAGAAUGGCGAGCUCAAGCAGGAGCAGAUUGAGCCGUACCAGAACCUCAACAUCGCUGGAUUGGUCGGCAGCAUCGACAACGAUAUGAUCGGAACCGAUGCGACCAUUGGAUGCUACAGUUCUCUUACUAGAAUCUGUCAGAGCGUGGAUUUCAUCGAUGCCACCGCCUACUCUCGCUCGCGAGCUUUCGUCGUCGAGGUCAUGGGACGACACUGCGGGUGGUUGGCGCUGAUGGCUGGUGUCAGUACCGGGGCGGACUUCGUAUUCUUGCCUGAGAAGCCCCCGGCUAAGGGCUGGGAAACCGAGAUGUGUGCAAUCAUCGCGAAGCACCGUGGGAUGGGGAAGAGAAAGACGAUUGUCAUCGUCGCGGAGGGGGCUACCGAUCGUGGCCUGACUCCAAUUACCGCAGAAUUCGUCAAAAAUGUGCUUUCUAACAAGAUGGGCCUUGACACCAGAAUCACCACGUUGGGUCACGACCCACGUGUGGAAGCCGAAGCUAGGUGGCUCGCCUUCAGGAUGGCCUGA